AUGGGUUCCGGUAAGAAAGAGGCCCAGCGAAAGAUCCGCCAGGGGAAGGUUGGCGAUGGCAUGGCAAAUGUCAAGGUCAAGGGCGAGAAUUUCUAUCGCACUGCAAAGCAGGCUAAGACCCUGAACAUGUUCAAGGAGGGCAAAGCCCAAAGAAACGCUGCUGGUGAUAUCACAAAAGCUGCAUCUUUUCAAAGUCGGCAGGUUCCUCAAGCACGAGUUGAACCGAAUCGCAAGUGGUUCACCAAUACUAGAGUCAUUGGCCAAGAUGCCCUCAAUUCAUUUCGAGAAGCCAUGGCUGAACGAGCGUCUGAUCCAUAUUCGGUGCUGUUAAAGAGUAACAAACUACCCUUAAGCUUAAUCCGCGACGGCCAGGGAAAGAAUGGGCUUAAACAGCAUCAAGCCAAAAUGACUGUGGAGACGUCUCCAUUUGGAGAAGUAUUUGGUCCCAAGGCUCAGAGGAAGAGAGUACGGCUUGGUGUUAGCUCGGUAGAAGAUCUUGCUGAGGACAGUGUGAAGUCUCACGACACAUACUUGGAUCGUCUGGAGCAAUCUAGACUCUUAAGCGGAAAUUCAGGCGCGGAUGCUGAAGCAAUCGGCGAAGCAGUAGUUCCGGACGAUGGCUAUGUCACAAGCGCUCGAGAAGCUAUUUUCAACAAAGGGCAAAGCAAGCGGAUCUGGAACGAGCUUUACAAGGUCAUUGAUUCUUCAGACGUCGUUAUCCAUGUGCUGGACGCCAGAGACCCAUUGGGCACACGAUGUCGGAGUGUCGAGAAAUAUAUCAAGGAGGAGGCCCCGCAUAAGCACUUGAUAUUCGUGUUGAACAAGUGUGAUUUGGUGCCUACUCGUGUUGCCGCUUCCUGGGUCAGGUAUCUGUCGAAAGACUACCCAACACUAGCAUUUCAUGCAUCAAUCACCAACUCCUUUGGCAAAGGAUCCCUAAUCCAACUCCUUCGUCAAUUCUCCUCCCUUCAUUCAGACCGCAAACAGAUCUCUGUUGGCUUCAUCGGAUAUCCAAACACCGGAAAAUCCUCCAUCAUAAAUACACUUCGCAAAAAGAAGGUCUGCACAGUCGCACCAAUUCCAGGCGAAACCAAAAUCUGGCAAUACAUUACGCUCAUGAAGCGGAUAUAUCUGAUUGAUUGUCCGGGUGUUGUUCCUCCUAGUACUACAGAUACCCCUCAAGAUAUUUUAUUGCGAGGAGUAGUAAGGGUAGAGAACGUUGAAAAUCCAGAACAGUACAUCCCAGCUGUACUGGAUAAAACAAAGCCACAGCACAUCGAAAGAACAUACCAAAUCAAGGGGUAUAAAAACCACAUUGAAUUCCUGGAGCUCCUGGCAAGAAAAGCAGGAAGGUUACUCCACGGUGGUGAACCAGAUGUUGAUGGCGUAGCGAAGAUGGUAUUGAACGACUUUCUCCGCGGGAAAAUUCCGUGGUUCACUCCUCCACCAUUGCUGGAAGGGGCGGCCGGGGAGGCCGGGGAGACCGGCGUCGAAGGUCGACAGGGAAGGUUGGGAGAAAUGGGUAAGAAGAGGAAACGUGAUGAUGAAUCAGUCGCGGAUACAUCCACUGCUGGUACAUCAAUCGCCGAACCAACCUCAACUGGCGAUGAAAAUGACGAGUUCGAGGGCUUUGGUAGCGAUGAUGGUGGUGUGGCAUUAGAUGAUGUUGCCGGUGAUGUAGAUGCUGCUUUUGGACUAGACUCUGAAGAUGAGAAUAGUGAAGCUGGUUCCGAGGCUGAAGACGAUGAGGAAGACGACGAGGAAGAUUCUGCCCAUGCUGCUGAGGAGCAAUUGCUGGGUGAGCUACGUGAGGAUGUGGAGGACAAAACCGAAAAACGUCCGCCUUCAAGGAAGAAACGUCAAAAGCAGUAA